AUGCAUCUCCCGCUGCUCGGAGCGGUAGCUUUACUGCUCCAUUCCACCACUGCAGUCUUUGCCGACGAAGCCUGGACGAUCGACUAUCACUACGCCCUUCUGGGAGCCCCGAAAGAGGAGACGACCUUCUUCCACCAGCCAAACCCAAGCUCCAGAGCUUCCCUCAUCUACACCCUCUCCGAGGAAGGUGUCGUGGGAGCUGUUAAUCCCAGAGAUGGCGCGCUAGUCUGGCGUCAGUCGCUGCGUUCUGCUGGUAUUUCCUCCAAUGCGGGUUUUUUGCGCGCUGGCGAGGGCCAGGAUGUGGUCGUGGGCGGCAUCGGAAACAAGACGACAGCAUGGAGUGCAGCCGAUGGUAGGCUAGUCUGGACUAUUGACACGCCUGGCAGAAUUGAGGACCUCGAGAUUCUGGAGCUUCAGGAUGCCAGUCAAACUCCUGGUGUGAAGGAUACUGUUGUUUUGACCAGUGGAAACAGCCCAUCGAUAUUACGGGUGGACGGUGCUUCAGGAACUACGAAGUGGACGCAUAGCAUCGACAGUGGAGAUAUUCCAUACCAGGUGUCCGCCUCGGCCACGGAAAUUUUUGGCAUUGUGCUACACAAAACUCUGCUGGGCAACAUCAAGAUCAAAGUCAUCAGCUUGGACCCAGUUACCGGCCGGAAGAAUGACGAGUACACGCUCAGUUCGGACAGUGAGCUUGCGUCGACUGAUACUAUCAUCUCAGUCGGUGCAAAUUCAGCUUCGCCUAUCAUUGCUUGGACAGACGCCGCUCGAAGUGUGCUUAAAGUCAACAUCAUCGGUUCCAAAGCGGUUGCUUCCUUCAACAUUGAGAAGCACAACGAACAUGCCAUCACAAACGUUCGACUGCAUGCUCCAUUCCACACCAACUCUCUUGCACACUUCCUCGUGCAUUAUGAGACGGACAUUUCUCACUGGGGUGAGGUGUACCACAUUGAUUUGAAGAAGAGUAAAGUGGAGAAGGCAUAUUCACUGCCUAAGAUCAGUGGAAAGGGCGCCUUUUCGACCAGCACAUCUGAUGCAAAUGUCUACUUCACGAGAAUUUCACGUGGUCAGGUGAUGACUGUGUCAUCUGCUUCGCAUGGUUCGCUAGGCAGAUGGCCGCUGGCAGACUUGGGCAUCCCAGUCGCCAAGGGUGAAGAAGCAGAGCCGGUGCACGCGGUCUCCGAGGUCUCUGUUAAAGACGACAGUGUCUCAGCUGUGCGCUCCGCCGUCUUCCUGUCUACUGGUGACUGGAUCUUGAUCAGAGAGGGAAGCCCUGUCUGGCAGCGACCGGAACUACUGGCAACGACCCAGUCAGCCAUCUUUGCCUCCCCUCCUGAAGUCGAGGCCUUCGCCCACGAACUUGAAGUGGAGGCGCACAGCAACCCAAUUUCGGCUUACAUUCAUCGAGUCAAGCGUCACAUCCAGGACUGGCAGCGAUUGCCAGCCGUGCUGAGUUCCUUGCCACAGAAGGUCAGAAACCAGCUUUUUGGCACAACAGCAGACAGUGGUCUAACAGGCGAUGUAUUUGGCUUCCACAAGGUCAUUGCAUGCGCUACCAAGAACGGCAGAGUGGUUGCCCUUGACGCUGCCAACCCAUACAAGAUCCUCUGGAGCAAGCAGGCCGUGGAGCUCAAGCCUGGAGAAAGCUGGGAUCCUACUUUCAAAUCAGCUUCUGACGGUGUUCUGGUUCUUGAACAUGGUGUCGGCUUGCAACAAUUGCAGUUUGACGCAUCCACUGGUGAAGUUCCUUCCUCCGCCGCUGUUCUCGUGGUCAAUCCUUCCGUCGGCACCGUGCGAUUCUCUCUACAUGACGGCGAAUUGGAAGCCAACAAAGUCGGCAGUGCGGCUUCAGGCGCUAUUUGGCGUUUCAUACCCGGUACGGGCGAACGCAUCCUGAGCCUCGUUCCAAGACCAGUGAACGACCCAGUCGCGUCGAUAGGCAAGGUUCUUGGCGACCGAAGAGUGCUUUACAAGUACCUCAGUCCCAAUUUGGCGUUGUUGGCAACCGUGAACGACCAGACUCAGACGGUCUCGUUCUAUGUGCUGGAUACUGUCUCUGGAGCCACGCUUUACGCCGAUUCGCACAGCAACGUUGACUUGCAGGCCCCGAUAUCAUCGACUUUGUCAGAGAACUGGUUCGCUUACUCCUACACUGUGGAGGCUUCAGAUGAUUCACCAAAGGGACACUACCUCGUCGUCGGCGAGAUGUUUGAGUCGCUGGUCCCCAACGAUCGAGGACCUCUGACCGGCAAGGUCAAUUCUUCCAGUCUGCAGGCGCCGGCUGAGCCGUUCGUUAUGCUCAGGUCAUAUCAGAUCCCAGAAUCUAUCUCGAAGCUCGCCGUGACUCAAACUCGUCAAGGCAUCACGUCACGCCAACUGUUGGCAGUGCUCUCCGAUUCGAGUGCCAUUGUUGGUAUUCCGUACGGCAUCCUUGACCCUCGUCGCCCUGUUGGACGGGAUCCCACGAAGGAUGAGCAAGGUGAAGGCUUGAUGAGAUACACUCCCACGAUCGAAUUCGACCCAAAGUGGUACCUCAAUCAUCAGAGAGAAGUGCUAGGCAUCAGCAAUAUCAUUACCAGUCCGGCCUUGAUCGAGAGUACCAGUCUGGUGUUUGCAUACGGUCAUGAUGUGUUUGGAACAAGGCUCAGCCCAAGUUUCAGCUUCGACAUCUUGGGGAAGGACUUCAACAAGUUCCAGAUGCUGGCUACUGUUGCUGCGCUAGCUGUGGCCACUUUUGUUGUUGGACCUUUGGUCACCCGCAAACAGGUCAAUGCCAGGUGGCAAUUCGCCUGA